AUGUCGGAACCAGGCCCUCAAUCCAUCCCCACAAGCGCCGACUCGCGCAGCAAUCGUCCUACCAAACGGCGCGCGGUAACACCGCACUCAGAGCACGCAAGCCAAAUCUCCUCCCUCUUCCGGGACCCAAACAAAGAGAUCCAACUCCCCGAAAGCGUCAAGCCACGAACAAGCGGCUCGCUGGCCGCGCCGCCCGAAAUCGUCGCCAAUGUGCAGGGCUCGUCGGCGGGUGCGGGCUCGGGCGAGUUUCACGUAUACAAGGCGAGUCGGCGACGGGAGUAUGAACGGUUGCGGAUGAUGCAGGCGGAGACGGAUAAGGAAAAGGACGAUGCGGAGUGGGGGAAGAUGCGGGAGGAGACGAAGAUGAAGGAUGAUGAGAAGACGGAGAAGAAUCGGAGGAGGAGGGAGAAGAAGCGCGCCGCGAAGCGGGGGAAUGGUAGUAAUAAACGGGAUGCGGCUGGGGAUUUGAAGGGUCAGAAGAGUAUGGAUGUGGAUAAGAAAGGUCCGGAGAGAAAGGAUGAGGAUGAUGCGGCGGAGCAGAUAGGGGGAGCAGCGCCGCAGGAGGAAGUGCCUGGUGUUAUUAUACACGAGGAUGAUUGA